CUGCCCUCUCUCCCAGGUGCAACUCCAGCCCCAACACAAAGCCCCAAGACAUGUCCUGCCACAACCAGUGCCUGCCCUGCCUGCCGUGCCAGCCCUGCGGCCCGACCCCGCUGGCCAACAGCUGCAAUGAGCCCUGUGUCAGGCAGUGCCAGGACUCCACCGUCGUCAUCCAGCCCUCCCCCGUGGUGGUGACCCUGCCCGGCCCCAUCCUCAGCUCCUUCCCGCAGAACACCGCCGUGGGAUCCUCCACCUCCGCUGCCGUUGGCAGCAUCCUCAGCUGUGAUGGAGUGCCCAUCACUUCUGGGUGCUGUGACCUCUCCUGCUUCGGCAGCCGCUACUGCAGCAGGAGGUGCCCCCCCUGCUAAAGC